UGCGGAUUGGCUUCAUAGAAUCAAGCGCCAUUGUGCGUACGCCGCAUGUAACAGUCCAAGCUUAUCAUGGCCGGCAAAUACCCAGGGCAUUGAUCAAUACAUUGGUAUUGCUAUGACUCGAAGAAGAAUAUCGGGGUAAAUCUUUCCCUUCCGUACACUACUCUCUGUUUCAACAACAAUAUUUGCCCUUUGCGUCCCAAACAUGGCGCAAAAGCUUCGUUUUUACCUGUUUGGUGAUCAGACCUAUGAUUACGAUGAGCAGCUGAGGGCUCUUCUCACGAGCCAUGACCCUGUUGUGAGGUCGUUUCUCGAGCGAGCCUAUUAUACUCUCCGAGCAGAGGUUGCCCGUAUACCAAACGGAUACCAGGCACGGAUUUCGCGCUUCUCUAGCAUCGCUGAACUACUUUCCCAACGGCGGGAACAUGGAGUAGACGCCAGCUUGGAGCAGGCUUUAACUGUUGUUUACCAGCUUGCGUCGUUUAUGCGACUUCAUUCUGAACGAAGCCUUUCGUACCCAUCAGCGGACGAUGCGCAUUGUCUUGGUCUGUGCACUGGUGCCCUAAGUGCAGCGGCUGUGAGCAGCUCCAGGUCACUCAGCGAACUGCUGCCGGCCGCGAUUGAGACAGUGAUACUCGCCUUUCGAACCGGUCUCCACGCCAGUGACUCUGGAAGACGGAUUGAAGAGUCAUCAGCGGCAGCAAAAUGCUGGUCAAUAUCGUUGCAAGGUUUGGAAGGCCAUGUAGCCAGGAAGCUGCUGGAGGAAUGGUCCAAUAAAAAGAGACUCCCUCCAAUGUCAAGGCCAUAUAUAAGCGCAUAUGCAUCUGGCGGAGUCACCAUCAGUGGUCCGCCAUCAGUUCUGGCAGAGCUUCGAAACACACCUGGGCUGUCUAAACUGCGUGCUAAAGACAUUCCAAUACACGCACCAUAUCACUCCUCAGCAAUAUUCAAUCAAUGUGACGUAGAGACAAUUCUGAGUUCUGCGUUAAUCGAUCUGGCCUCUCGCGCGACUCAUGUUCCAAUUCUAUCAACCGGUACCGGACGACUGGUCUGGGCAGGCACUCUUCCAGCCGCAAUACAGUCCGCCCUGCAGGAUGUACUCCUUCGUCCGAUAAGCUGGGAAAAUAUGUCAUGUGGAAUAAGCACCUGUCUUCAGUCCAUAGAUCCAAGCGAGGUGGAGGUGAUCCCAAUCGCCACCUUGGCCGGCCCACUGCUCUGUCGCUCAGUACAGGUCGCAAAAAGCCAGAUUCCAGCUACAAUCGAUCCAAAGAACGAUGUCAUGAACGAAGCACAAAGUCAAAUUGCAGAGGCUAUGGACCGAGCCAAAAUUGCCAUAGUGGGCAUGUCCGGUCGUUUUCCAGGCGCUGAGAAUGUCGAUUCUCUCUGGGAGCUUUUGAUGGCCGGCCGUGAUAUGUGCAAAGAGGUACCACCCACCCGGUGGAACGUUGACACUCACGUUGAUCCCACUGGUAAACGGAAGAAUACCAGCAAGAUCCGAUGGGGCUGCUGGCUCGACAACCCGGAUAUGUUUGACGCGCGGUUUUUCAACAUGUCUCCGCGAGAGGCGCCGCAGGUUGAUCCGGCCCAGCGAAUUGCGCUCAUCACUGCGUACGAAGCUAUUGAGCAAGCUGGUAUCGUUCCAGGGAGAACGCCAUCAACGCAGGAAGAUCGAGUGGGCGUCUUCUUCGGUACGACCAGCAAUGACUGGUGCGAGAGCAACAGCGGGCAAGACAUCGACACGUAUUACAUUCCGGGCGCCAACCGUGCCUUCAUCCCAGGCCGAAUCAACUACGUGUUCAAGUUCAGCGGGCCCAGCUAUAGCAUCGACACUGCAUGUAGUUCAAGCCUGUCCGCGCUUCAUGUAGCAUGUAAUGCCCUCUGGCAUGGAGAUAUCGACACUGCAAUUGCGGGUGGCACUAAUGUCCUCACGAACCCCGAUAUGACUGCCGGCCUGGACAGAGGCCACUUCCUUUCCGCAACUGGUAACUGCAAGACGUUUGAUGACACCGCUGAUGGGUACUGCCGUGGUGAAGGCGUAGCGACCGUCGUCCUCAAGCGCAUGGAUGACGCUAUUGCAGACAAGGAUCCAAUCCUAGGUGUGAUCCGUGGCGUAUAUACCAACCACUCUGCAGAAGCUGAGUCAAUCACACGGCCUCAUGUCGGCGCCCAAAAAGCCAUUUUCCAACAUGUCUUGAAUCACUCGGGUAUUCGACCUCAGGAUAUCAGUUACAUUGAGAUGCACGGAACUGGAACCCAGGCAGGAGACAUGCGAGAGAUGACCUCCGUGCUUGAUACCUUUAGCCCGCAGUACCCAGGAGCAAUCCAGCGAGAAAAGCCUUUAUAUCUGGGGGCCGUCAAGUCAAACAUCGGACAUGGAGAGUCUGUUUCGGGGGUUACAGCCCUUGUCAAAGUGAUAAUGAUGAUGCAGAACAACACUAUACCUCCCCAUCGCGGAGUCCACACGCGCUUAAAUCGGAGGUUUCCCUCAAACCUCGAUGAACGAAAUGUUCAUAUUGCAUUCCAGGCGACCGAGUGGCCCCGCGGGCAGACUCCCCGACGAGCUUUUAUCAACAAUUUCAGUGCCGCUGGGGGGAAUAGCUCAGUUCUAGUAGAGGACCCACCACUGAUACUGAAGGAAGAGGGUGCUGAUCCUAGGUCAUCUCAUGUUAUUGCAGUGUCCGCUAAAUCACCUUCGGCAUUGAGGAAGAACCUAGAGUCUAUGCGUCGAUAUGCGAUGUCAGAACAUACAGAAAAAUCUCUAUGUGAGCUGUCUUAUACCACAACAGCUCGACGCAUUCACCACUCGCAUCGGUUGAUGUUUGCUGGGUCAUCUCUAGAGGAUAUUCUGCGUGAGAUGGAGAGCAAGUUAGCGAUUAAAGAACCAUUCAGUCCUUGCGCACCACUUCAAUCGGUCAUUUUCACCUUCACCGGCCAAGGCGCACAAUACCCGGGAAUGGGUCAAGUCUUUUUUAAUAACUUCUCCGUGUUCCGGUCUGAUCUCUGCCGCCUUGACGAUUUGGCCCAAAAGCUUGGAUUUCCGACAUUUCUCCCGAUUUUCUCAGCAAGUACCCAUGCCAGACUGGAAGGUUUCACACCCACUGUGGUCCAGCUUGCCAAUACGUGCAUGCAGCUUGCACUCACCAGGCUCUGGGUGUCGUGGGGUAUUCGUCCGUCGGCAGUAGUCGGUCACAGCAUUGGGGAGUACGCAGCGCUGAACACGGCGGGCGUCCUGUCCGACGCGGACACGGUUUAUUUGGUAGGCAAAAGAGCCCAGCUGCUCGAGGAGAAGUGCAACCGAGGGUCACACACUAUGCUGGCAGCGCUGGCCUCUUUCGAAAAGGUGUCACGUCUACUUGAUAGCGCACCGUGUGAGGUUGCGUGUAUCAACGGACCCGAGGAGAUCGUUCUCGCUGGACCGCGUUCGCACAUGACAGAUAUCCAAAAGAUCCUCGUGGCGCAUUCAAUUAGAUGCACCAUGCUGCAAGUCCCAUUUGCAUUCCAUUCGUCCCAGGUGGAUCCAAUUCUGCAAGACUUCCAGUCUGCAAUCGAAGGCGUUACCUUCCAUAAACCAACUAUCCCGGUCAUUAGUCCACUCCUUGGUGAUUUUGUGACAGAAACUGGGACCUUCAACCCAAACUAUCUGGCACGCCAUUGCCGGGAACCAGUGAACAUACUACAAGCACUUCGCCAAGCCAGCACAAUGAAUCUUGUCCAUGACAGCAGCGUAGUCAUGGAGUUUGGACCACAUCCUGUCGUAUCAGGCAUGGUGAAAUCAACGCUGGGGAACAGCAUCAAGGCACUUCCCACUCUGCAACGGAACCGAAACACCUGGGAAGUACUCACGGAGAGCGUGUCAACACUAUACUGUAUGGGAUUCGACAUCAACUGGACCGAGUACCAUCGAGAUUUUCCAUCAUCGCAGCGUGUCUUGCGACUCCCAUCGUACUCCUGGGAUCUGAAGUCGUACUGGAUUCCGUACCGGAAUGAUUGGACUCUGUACAAGGGCGAUAUUGUGCCUGAAUCAAGCAUCGCGCUGCCAACCCACCAAAACAAGCCACACAGUACAUCGCCGAAACAGCAAGCACCGACACCAAUCCUGGAGACGACAACAUUACACCGGAUUGUGGACGAGAAGUCCACCGAAGGGACGUUUUCAAUCACAUGCGAGUCAGAUGUAUCCCGACCAGACCUCAGCCCUCUGGUUCAGGGCCAUAAGGUCGAAGGGAUCGGACUUUGUACACCGUCCGUUUAUGCCGAUAUAGGAUUCACGCUGGGAAAUUACCUUCUAGAUCGUUUCCCAACUCGAUUCGGACCGGAUACUAAAGUUGUGGAUGUCACGGACAUGGUGAUUGAAAAGGCUCUUAUGCCGUUGAAUGCGGGACCACAAUUACUGCGAGUCACGGCUUCAUUAAUCUGGUCCGAGAAAGAGGCUUCUGUCCGGUUCUACAGCGUGGAUGAAAAUCACACCGAAACAGUACAACAUUCCCACUGCCGCAUUAAAUUCAGCGACCGUUCAACGUACCAAGCCUAUCAAGAGCAAAUCUCCGCCGUUAAGGCUCGUAUGUUUGAGAUGAAGACCAACUCCUCAUCGGGUAGAACCUACCGAUUCAACGGACCAAUGGCAUACAAUAUGGUGCAGGCGUUGGCGGAAUUCCACCCGGAUUACCGGUGUAUUGACGAGACGAUUCUCGACAACGAGACACUCGAAGCAGCCUGUACAGUCAGCUUCGGGAAUGUCAAGAAGGAGGGUGUAUUCCACACACAUCCUGGCUAUAUAGAUGGACUCACGCAGUCGGGCGGGUUUGUGAUGAACGCUAACGACAAGACUAAUCUCGGAGUAGAAGUGUUCGUUAAUCAUGGGUGGGACUCGUUCCAGUUGUACGAGCCUGUCACUGAUGAUCGUUCGUAUCAGACUCAUGUUCGGAUGAGGCCGGCGGAGUCGAAUCAGUGGAAGGGUGAUGUGGUCGUUCUAAGUGGGGAGAAUUUGGUCGCUUGUGUUCGAGGAUUGACGAUCCAAGGAGUACCCAGGCGAGUCCUGCGGUAUAUCCUGCAAAGCAGUGCAAAAACCACACAGACAGCCACUUCGAGCGUGCCUGCCCCGUCUCAAGCUCCGGUGAUGGUGCCACAGAUUGUCCAAGUACCAAAAGCUAAGCCUAUCUCCCAAAUUUCCGGGACCCUGACAGAGGCUCUCCGGAUUAUUUGUGAACAAAGUGGUGUGCCUCUAGCAGAGCUCACGGAUGAUGCAACUUUCGCGAACAUCGGCGUAGACUCUCUCCUAGCGCUGACUAUCACAAGUGCAUUUGUUGAGGAGCUGGAUCUAGACGUCGAUUCUUCCUUGUUCAUGGACUAUCCUACUGUGGCGGACCUGAAGCGGUUCUUCGACAAGAUCAACACGCAGCAUGCUCCGGCACCAGCCCCGGUAUCAGACGCGCCAAAGCAAUUACAACCAAGCAGUAGCCCAGUUGCAUCUGCUACUCCGUCUGCACCCAUCCAUGGCAGAUCGAAAUUUGAAUCAGUUCUUAACAUCCUUACCGAGGAAAGUGGUGUUGAAAUGGCAGGUCUUCCGGACUCUACUGCGCUUGCAGACAUAGGUAUCGAUUCGCUCUUGUCCCUGGUAGUCACGAGCCGGCUGAACGAUGAGUUAGAGCUAGAUGUGUCGUCUGAAGACUUCAAUGACUGUCUGACUAUCCGGGAUCUCAAGGCACAUUUCAUGUCCAAGAACUCCGACAAUGGUUCGUCUGCGGUUCUUACUCCUCAGCCAUCUCGGGACUCCGCACUCCCUGAGCGCACGAGACCUAGGGUCGCUGAUACAAGCGAUGAGGAGGAUGCACCGGUUUCAGCAAAUGAAUUCACAACCAGUGCCCGCUCUACAUCUAAGUAUAUGGCUGUGCUCAACAUAAUUUCCGAAGAAAGCGGCAUGGCAAUCGAAGACUUCACCGACAAUGUAAUGUUCGCAGAUAUCGGAAUAGACUCGCUGCUGUCCUUGGUCAUUGGAGGUAGAAUACGGGAAGAGCUAUCUUUCGACCUCGAGGUGGACUCUCUUUUCGUGGACUACCCAGAUGUCAAGGGACUGAGGUCAUUUUUCGGAUUUGAGAGCAACAAGACGGCGACAAAUCCAACUGCGAGUCAAUCGUCUUCGUCCAUUUCAAGCGGCACUUCGGUCUUCGAUACAUCACCUUCUCCCACAGACUUAGACAUCCUAACUCCAGAAUCCAGCCUCUCACAAGAGGAGUUCGAGCAACCGCUCACAAUAGCAACAAAGCCACUUCCACCCGCAACUUCAGUCACUCUGCAGGGUUUACCCUCCAAGGCACACAAGAUACUUUUCCUUUUCCCAGAUGGCUCUGGCUCAGCAACAUCAUACGCGAAACUCCCCCGACUCGGUGCGGACGUAGCCAUUAUCGGCCUGAACUCACCCUACCUGAUGGACGGCGCCAACAUGACCUGCACCUUCGACGAGCUCGUUACACUGUACCUCACAGAAAUCCAGCGACGUCAACCCGCAGGCCCAUACCACUUGGGCGGCUGGUCCGCCGGUGGCAUUCUCGCUUACCGCGCUGCGCAAAUCCUCCAAAAAGCCGCCGCCAACCCCCAGAAACCAGUAGUAGAAUCCCUGCUCCUCCUCGACUCUCCACCACCAACAGGGCUCGGCAAGCUCCCCAAACAUUUCUUUGACUACUGUGACCAAAUUGGCAUUUUCGGGCAAGGGACAGCCAAGGCCCCGGAGUGGCUGAUCACCCAUUUCCAGGGCACGAACUCCGUUCUGCACGAAUACCACGCCACGCCGUUCUCAUUCGGUACAGCACCCAGAACUGGGAUCAUCUGGGCUUCGCAGACAGUGUUCGAGACGAGGGCCGUGGCGCCCCCACCUGUACGUCCUGACGAUACGGAGGACAUGAAGUUUUUGACGGAGCGACGGACAGAUUUCUCGGCCGGGUCUUGGGGACAUAUGUUUCCUGGUACAGAGGUAUUGAUUGAGACGGCCUAUGGGGCGGAUCAUUUUAGUUUGCUGGUGAGUCUUCUCUUCCGUGAUUAAGUUGCGAAUACUAAUAGAGGCUAUAGCAGGAGGAACCCUAUAAGGGUGCCGUCAGGGCGUUCAUGUCUCGAGUUUUGCAGUUAUAAGGGCUAGAGGAGCAGAGGUUGGUGGCAAUAAAGUCGUCCUCACUGCUGGGUACAUUCAUUUGGAUGAAUUCUUCUUUUUUCGUCGUGUUUUCAUUACUGUAUGUAUUUUGAUGUUGGGUUAUACCUCUAGGUCGGGAUAACGCUUUUCGGCUGUGGCAUGACAACCGGAAUAUAUAUAAUAGAACAAUCCUAUGUACAUCUUUGCUGUGCUUACACGACGCACAG